UUUCGUGGAUUUUGCGUUAUCAAAAUCUCCCGGAAAAAACACGGAAAGAUUGCGAAGUUAUGUCCGAUAACGGUUACGACGGUACAGUCGUUGUUAGAAGAUCUGAUCGUCGGGGUAAUCGUAGAUUAAAUCAUUUGGAGGACAGAUUGUUAGAACAGGAAAGAGCAACUAAAUCAUUGAUUGAAAAAGCAUUUGAAUUCAAAGAAGCUUUAUCCAGUGAUAUUCGACCAUCAAGUAUGGAUGAUGCAUUGCAGCAAUUAUGGCACGAGCAUAUCAGAAGCGUAACAAGCUCUGUUAAAAAGUUGAGUCGAGAUGUUGAAGAACUUAAAUUUGAGAUUUCAUCCAGAGAUCGUGGAAUAGUGGAUGCUUCCUAUCAAGCCAAGAAUGUUGAACAAUUUGCUCAUGCUGGGGUUGCCGAUCUGAGAGGUCGUGUGGCAAGAUGUGAUGCUCUGAUUGCCAGACUUGCUCAAGAUGUAAGGUCGGCAACAUCAGCCAAUGAACUAGAUAAAAAACAUGUUGAUCAAAGCACAGACACAAAUAAACAUAAGAUAGAUCAUCUUGAAAGAGAGAUUUCUGAAUUGACCAGACGGCUUGAUAUUGUUAUGACUCAGCAAGAAGGGAAAAUAGAAGUUAUAAAAGGAACAAGCUCUUCCCAACUUCAAGCUAUGGAUUCGAGAAUGAGGCAAGUCUUAGAAGACAUCAGACUUUCCAUAGAUAGUAAUCGGAAAUGGUCUGAGAGUGAACGAACCAGGAUUGAACAUCAAAUUUCACAAAUUAUGGAACUGAAUGCAUCUUUGGCUCAAAGCAAACAGGAUGCAAUGGAAACAAGAUUGCUGGAAAAGAUGGAUUCCUUGCAAAGAUCAGUUGAGGAAUGCAAACUAGACAUAAGUAAAGUCAGAGAAGAAAUGACUACAACAUUGGAUAGCAGAUCAAGAAUUGGAUCCAUGGUAAAAGACCUCGGUGACAGAUUAGAUCAAGAUAUCUCAAAACUAAAAUCCGAAUAUCGAGAAUCAUUUGCAUCAGUGAAAGAAAGUAUCGAUACAACAAACCGAUUAAUCAAUGGGAAAAUAAAGCUGGUGAAAGAUGAAAUGACCAGAGAUAUAAAUAAUAUCAGAAAAAUGGUUGUUCUGAUUUAAUAUGAUUAAUAACUUCCUUGUGUAUAAAUGAGUACUCCCGUGAUGUGUGUACCAGGUUAGGAUUAGGGCAUAAUUUUAUUCAGAUUUUCCUCAUUUUAAUUCUAUUCUGAGUUCGUGGACUGUCGGUGUUAGCCAAAUGAAUAUACAUCCUGCCCAUAGGUUUCAGUCACUUUAUACAAUGUAAAGUAGGCGAACAAAAUUAGUUACCUCCAUAUUGGUGCACACACUUCUGGAGCGCCCUUUUCGAUAUAGUGUAACCUUAUAUUGUCUUAUGAAAACAACAGUGUCCAACCCAGCACAAUAUGAUGACUGUACACGAACUUAGCACAUUACACAGGUGAGUCACCGGCACCACAACCUAUGACAAUCUGAUUCAAUUACUACGAAUUUUAUUUUUUUCCACCUUUUACUUUAAAUAGGGAUCUUUACAACUGGCCACUUUUUUGUAAGGGCUGCUAGGACUUUGAUUUUUUGGUCCAGCAUUGUGAUAUGGUACUUGUAUUAGAUUUUUUUAACCUAAGAUUAAGAUUAUAUGAUGAAGCAAAUAUCUGCACCAAAUAAAGUCAAACUUUCACACUGUAUAUAUAUAUUUUAUUAUAUUUUUAUACUGAUUAUGAUAAUGCAGUUUCUGCACUGAUUUCAUUCAAUAAAAUAAUCUUGUUUUAAACGCUUUACUUAUUAUA